UUAAACCAGAUAGAACAACCACUAGUUCAUCCAAUGCCUCACUGAUCCAGAGGGAGCCAUGGACUGAAGACACAUGGGACCACAAGCAGGAUACAGAGAAAGGGGGUUGCCGGAACCCAGUUUGGCAUGAGCAUGAGGAGAAGGGGAGGAGUGUGGAAAAGAUGGGGGAAAGAGGACACAGGCAAAGUAGGAGGGAGAAAUCAGAGCGCAGACUGGAGAAGGAGGGAUGGUGAUCAGAGAAGAGGCUGGGGUUGCUCCAAGACAGCAGAAGCAGAGGGGCUGGGCAUAGGGGGGAACAGGGAGAGAGGACCACCGUUAGAGGCAGGAAAUGGUUGGAGCUGCUCGGGAACAAAAUUGGAGGAAAAGGGCCAGUUGGAAAUGUCAAAAUCGCAGGCCUUCUCAGUCUCAAGGGUGAGAUGGCGAAGUGAAUGGAGGGAAGAAGGAUCAUCAGUGGGGGGAAUCGGAAUUGGGGGAGCAAGAGGAAGGUUCACAAAAGAGCUCAGCGAACUCGGGCAUACUCGUACCAAGCAGAACAGGUCAGGUCAGGGAAGACCGAAGGGCGGAUACAGCAAGGAGAAGACAGGUAGAGAUUGCAAAAGAAGACUGGUCCCGCUGCUCUGUACCAUGGCAAAGGAUGGAACAUACUUCCUGGCACUGGAAGACGCAGAUGGAAGGGCAAUUAUCCCAUCCAUUGAAAUUGACAGAACUCCAACGUCGAUACUUAUCAUGGAGGGCACAAAGAGGAUGUAUGGGGCCACGGUCCCAGUGCGACUAAUCCCAAGGUCUACAGUGAUCAGCAUCUUCAGUGAUACGUCAGAAGGCUACCAGAAGUUGUACAUUCCACUGUUGGAUGCUCGAAUUCCACAGGAGAUCGCAGAAAGACUUACCCAAGUAGGAAUACGCUGGACAAGGAUGGAGGCCAUACACGAGUUGAAUCUGGCGCAGUUGGAAGAAAUAAAGAUGUCAACGUUCACCACGACCGGGCAGAAAAGGAAGCUGGGCGGAGAGUGUCAUGCAAGGAUGGAUGACUUCCUUCCCCCAGGCGGCAAGGACCACAAUACACCUGAAACGGAUCGAAACAGGGGUCGAACUGUAGUUAGCGACCGAGAACAUAUAGGCAGGCUAACAGAGGAGGUGCAUAAGCAGAAAGUACUGCUUAGAGAGAUGUUUGACGAACUACACCGCGUCAAGUCGCUUCUCGACGAAAUGACGAAAACCGCAGAGCACAGGAUGUUCACCGUGUUCUGGUUGUUGCUUGACAACCCGAAAGAUAUACUAGACGUUACUCGUCUGAGGGAGGACAUGUCAGCCAGACUUCAGGCAAUUGCUGAAACGAAGAACACCACGUUCGACGAGUUUCAGGCAUGGUUGGAUAUUGAAAGGGAAAGGCGCACCACCGUCUUGAGGCGGUUCUCCACCCAUGCCACGAAGACAACAAACAGGGAAUCAGACGGAGGGGAUGUCAUGUGUUUUGCCAGCUGCGGAAAGUGUGUACUCAAGGAGGGGUGGGCAUCGUACAAUUCCCAAGAUUACAACACAGGUUCGCUACCUACGACGGCACGCAACGUCGUUGACCUCUUAGCCUUCGCCGAGGACUGCAUUCGCCACUGUACGGAAACUGUUGACGAGUACGGUCUGAGUGAAGUGCGUGUCGGGUCUGUUAAUSACGAGCUUCCUGCAAAAAUCGCGACUCUGCUGAGCAGUUGCUCCGACGUAAUGGAUGCCCUGCAACACACUCGAGGCAGGAUGUUGGCUGGGGAACUGACGGUGACAUGUACGGAAGGAGAUGUUAUGGGAUGUGGAGAAGGUGAAACGAAGAAGGGAAGAGAGGAACCUGACAGACCAAUCGAAGUGUGUUCGGGGAAUGGGGCCACUCUUGGGAAGGAUGCGCCUGCGGCACAUGUCCUGUUUGCGUGCAGUGAUGUUGCCGCACUGAAAUCUCACCACGUGCGUCACAACUUCUCAUGCGUGCUUGCCAGCAAAGCACCUUCGGCUAUGGGGCCUGCCAUUCAAUCGAAUGUCAACGGCGUGGAGACAUGCGCGAUGGAGACUCGGGACAUGGUGAAGGGUAUUGCAGGUGUCAGCAACGAAGGGAUAUCAGCCGGAGCAAACACCACGGACUGUGCAGUGGCUCUUGCGGGAAUUUGUGCGCAGGCUGCAGACUUGAGCACGGAUGGCGACACGAGCGAUGAUGGUGCAGAGUGUCUUAGAAAAGAGGUCGAAAGACAAAGCAUUUGCAUCAUGUCGAUGUCGGUAGCACAGGUGGCUAAGGCUCUUGCAGAGGUGAUGAAGUAUGCAGAGGAGCGAUUCCAUUACAACGGCUGUGGCGAGUUGUCUUUGGUGGAGGAGAGGGUGCCGCGGUACUUUGCUGUUACCGUGGAUAUGAGAUCCACGAUCAUGGCCAACGACAGUGGUUGCAUACAGGCACGAACACUCUUGGAACGAUUGAGAGAGUCACCUGAUAUUCGUGUGGACAGCGACGCGGAAGACAACAGUCUAAAAGGAGUGGUGCAGUGGAUGUGCAGCGAAGGCAUGCGCGACGAAGGAGUUUUCGACAUGUCAAUGCAGCAGAGAGGGGGGACCUAUAUACCUGUGGCUUUCAGGAAGUUCAUGGUGAGUGUGGCGAAGGGAUGGGACAUGCUUGUUGAAGGGACGAAGGACAAAUUGAAGAGGGGUGCUGCAGAAAUACUAGUGCUGUCCAGAAUCAAGGACAUGACACAAACACCGCCCCAGGACUUUCAAGAGCUUCCCAUUAUUGUUGCAGACGGUGUGGAAUACGUUCUGCUUGACCAGCUAUGUGAUCUCAUGGGGAGGUCAGAGGACGACAGGAACGUCAUUCAUGAGAUGUUGCACGAAGUCACAGAGUAUGUCGUGCAUGUUCGAGAUGUCAUUGAGUUUGAGCCCGCGUCGGCAGGAGAGGAGAUCAUUAGUGGCAGACCAUUGUGGGGGGGCUUGUUGGGUUGUGCUCUGGAGCGGCUUGGUCUUGCAACCUGCGAUGUCGAGAGACARAGAGAAAGGGAAGAGGGUUGGAGGAUGAUUGCCAGCGAAACAAGGUUACCGGUCAUUGAAGAAACCGGGGAGACAUCAGCAGCACAAGAUACGAGCGGGGCGAUGGUGGGUGACGUGUCUACCUUGCACACACCAUCAACAGAGGAGUUGGUGUAUAUGGACACUUGUGAGCGUUUCUUCUUCGGGGAGCAGCAGGAGGACGAGCACACAGAUGAUGCACAACACAGAGUCAAUGCAGAGGAGGAGGAUAAGGAAGAGUACGAGGGGUCUGACGUGGAUGUGAGCGGCAGCGACGUCAGCAGCGACGAAGCGGACGAUGACAAUGACGUGUACUACGAUCUCAAGACAGCGGGUGGACAAGUAACCAAAGGUUGGGCACAUGCAAUCCUGAGGUUGGCACGAGUAUUUUCCGAUCCGCACAACGUGCUGCGUGUGGUGUUCAAGGGGGCGACACCUGAUGGUGGUAUGCAGUAUGCUGCAGUGACCACCAUAAUGCGAUCCUGCAAGAAGGGGGGGAAAUGGUCACGUAUCGGCGAGGCAUGGCAGGAGAACAAUGCUGCCCACGACCCGGGGCCAUCCGACAUGGGCGCAGCGAAUCUCGCAGCUGAUGACAACGACGACGCGGGGGCAGAGGACAACGCGAACGAGGCAGCGGGUGACAACGCAGAGCCGGAAGCGCAACCCAUCGAGCCUUUUGACAGCUCGCGCAGGCUAGCAGCGCUUAUUUUGUCCGCACGUGGCGGCGUCAGUAUGUCGCAUUGCGACGUUGAUGCUCUCUUGUCACUUCUCAAAGACCCGAGAUUCAGCGCGGCGGACAUUGCAUACCGCAACAGUCGAGAGUGCUUCGCAUGGGCGGGCAGUCUCUCAGAGGCCGCCGGGUGGAAGGAGUCGGACCUGCGUAGUGACGACUGGCCUGAAGGAGCGCACGCCAUCUUGUGGCACCGCGAUUGGCGAAUUGCAUUCUUGUCGAUAAUGCAGGUCGCGUUGCAGAAAUGCGAGACGGUUCAUUCCCUUGAAGUGUCCCCGUCGUCGGAUGACCACAGUGUGUCCGGUCCGCGCAGUGGGGCGCUAAGCUAUCACACGCAGUCAACCAUUCGAGCGCACAAAGGUGUCGACGGGAAUGGAAAUCCACGAUAUGUGAUCCCUCUCUCACUCUACUCCGACAAGACACACACAGACGGUCGUCAGAAACAGACCGCAUACCCUCUUAUGAUGUCGCUAGCGGACCACGCGUCGGAAGCCACUCUGCUGGCCUGUCUCCCCGUGCUUCAUCAUCGACCCCGUGACAAAGGAUGGGGUCUUCAGUCCAGCACAUUUAGGAAGCGAAAGGCCGUCAUCUUCCACAAGGCCCUUUCGAUGGUUUUGCAAGCUGCGAAGGAGGCGUCGCACGACGGCAUCACGAUACCAUCGUCGCGAUUCGGGGACGUGAAUGUCCACCCUUUCCUCCUCAACUAUAUACAGGACUAUCCAGAACGAUGUGCGCUGGCGAAUGUGAAGUUUGGUGUAUGCCCCACAUGCACCGUGUCGAAAACGGACCUCGAUGUUGUGGCCGAUUUCACGGACUGCAGGAGAUCCCAGACGCUGGAAACCCAACUCGCAGAAGCCCUAUUCACGGCGGACGACGAUGACGUGCGCCGCGAAGCGGGAGGGCGAAUGGCAGAGUUGGACAUGCAUAGGCAUGUUGAACAGAACGACCUUUGGGGGUUCUACAGGGGGCCGAGCGGCGAUGAUCCUCAGCUAGACUACCACCUCGCAUUGCAACCAGACCGUAUGCAUACGAUCGAACAUGGCAUAUUCCUGCACAUGGUCGACGCAUUCAGGGCGGCAGCCUUUGAGAAGUUGCCGCACACACCGCAAACUGAGAUCCUGAAGGAACUCGAUGCGAGAUUAUAAUGCGUUAGUGAGAGAUGUACGCGAACAUAUCCCCAAC